GUGCCUGAGCCCAGGCAUCAGGACGAGACCUCUGAGCAUGAGCCAGGGCAGCCUGGCGGCCCACAGGGACCCCCCUCCUGCUCUGGGCCCGCCAAAGCCAGGCAUACAAUGGCAACCUCAGCCCCUCCAUGGGCAGCACCUGCUCCCUGGGCCUCCCCCAGUGGCCCCAUUAUCCUGCACCUGCUGACCACCGUCCCCCCCCACCUGCUUGCCAGCCCAAGCUCCCUCCCCAGGGCAGGCCCUGCCCAUCCUCAGGCCCACCUGCCUUCUCUGAGAGCCAGCCAAGAGGGCUGGGGAACCAGGAGGGAUAGCAGGGAAGGCCCUGGGCGGGGACCGAGGGUCCAGCUGCCAAGCCAGCUCUGCCUGGCCAGCAGUGUGUGUGCCUGCAACAAGGCUUUGCUCCAGGACCUCAGUCUGCUCACCUGAAAACUGGGAGCAGCCAAUCCUGCCUUCAGGGUCUGCAAGGGCCAGUUUCUCUCUGCUUGGAGGGAGGGCUGAGGCCAGGUUGGGAAGAGAACAGAGAUGGGGGUAUCUUGGGUCAAUACUCUCAGGGCCGCAUCUGUUGGACCACGUGGAGACCUGAGCCCUUUCUGUACACUUCAGAGUCACUGCUUAGGUUUGGAGAUGACAUUUUCCAGAGGCCUCCAAGGAUACAGAGGAAGUGGGCAGGAGACCCAGUAUUGCCACGCUCUUUUUUUUUUUUUUGAGAUGGAGUCUCUCUCUGUCACCCAAGCUGGAGCACAGUGGCACGAUCUCGGCUCACUGGAACCUCUGUCUCCUGGGUUCAGGCAGUUCUCCUGCCUCAGCCUCCCAUGUAGCUGGGACUACAGGCAUGCGCCACCACGUCUGGCUAAUUUUCGUAUUUGUUUUGUUUUGUUUUGUUUUGUUUUUUGAGACGGAGUCUUGCUCUGUCGCCCAGGCUGGAGUGCAGUGGUGCGAUCUCGGCUCACUGCAAGCUCCAUCUCCCAGGUUCACGCCAUUCUCCUGCCUCAGCCUCCCAAGUAGCUGGGACUACAGGCGCCCACCACCACACCUGGCUAAUUUUUUGUAUUUUUAGUAGAGAUGGGGUUUUACUGCGUUAGCCAGGAUGGUCUCGAUCUCCAGACCUCGUGAUCUGCCCACCUCAGCCUCCGAAAGUGCUGGGAUUACAGGUGUGAGCCACCACGCCCAGCCUAAUUUUUGUAUUUUUUAGUAGAGACAGGGUUUCACCAUGUUGCCCACUGGUCUUGAACUCCCAAACUCAAAUGAUCCGCCCACCUCGGCCUCCCAAAGUGCUGGGAUUACAGGCAUGAGCCACCACGCCCAGCCAGUGCCAGGCUCUUGAGUACUGGGGAAAGAGAAAGACAGUGGGGUGGGUACUCUCCAGGAGGAGAGUGCUCCACAGGGGGCAGCUGGAGGAUGGCUGGGGGCCCUGGUGAUGGACAGUCCAGUUCUUCCAUAAACAGGGAAACUGAGACUCUAGCAACUAUCAGUGUCUGGCGCAAAAGGACAGCCCCAGGUUCCCGUCCCACGCUGCCAUGACUUUGGCUCCUGGAGCCCCCCUGGGAAAUGUCCUGUGGAAGAUGUGUUUGUCUCAGAGCCUGCCAUCUGGCGCUUUGGCCCAGGAAGGUGGGGACCAGCAGGCAUCCCCACCUCGGGCCGCUGCUCCUGGAGCGCAGAGCCUCAGCAUCCUGCACCCUCAGAUGGAGUCAUUUCUAUGGGUCUUUCCUGGACUGACGCAUGGGCAGGGCUGCUGAGAAAAGCUGUGCCUCUGCCCCAGCACCCCCUGACCCCAUCCAUCAAGUCCACCCUCCAGUUGGGAGAAACAGCAGUGACCAUCACAUGGUAGGGAGUGAGUGGUUCUCUGAGCAGGGUUUCCUGAGAGUGGACCCUUUCAGCUGUGGCCUGUCCGUCUAUCCAGCAGCCGCAUCCCCUGUGAUGUCACUAGCCCACAGCUCAAGCCCAAUGUCCUGGUGAGGGACUCAGCAGUGACCAUUGUAAGGUCAUCUACCAAGUGGUACUGACCAUGGUCCUCUGGGGCCCUGAGGAGAGUGUGUGUUCUGUUGUCCAAGGCACUCAGGGAGGGUGUCCUGAGAAGUAGCCCAAGAUGGGAUGGAAGAUCAUAGAAAAACAAAGAGGGAAGAGGCUCCGGCAGGGAGGCUGCACAGGAGUAAAGCUUAUUCAGGGCAAAAGAUGGCCCUCCCAUCACAAGAGGGGCAGGAGUCCAGUGGGUUCAUGGCUCAGCCCCUCGCUCCUUUCCCAGGGAGCAAGGGAGGAGAGAGGCAGUCAUAUCCACAGCCCGCCCUUGAAGAGGGGCGAAGUGGAGCUGGCAAGGCUGCUGGUAAAAGCAGCACCCCCGGCCCCCACCCCUCAAGUCCAUUCUCCAGUUGGGAGAAACAGCAGUGACCAUCACAUGUGAUCACUGAGUACCUGUGUGAAUGCCAACAAGAAAAAUAAAACCACAGUUUGGAUUCAGGAAAGGUUGCACCAGCAUCAGGUCUUGAAGGGAACUUCGGCUGGGGCAUCUCCCUGAGAAGCAGCAUGGAGCAGCCUAACAGUAAAGGCUAUAGCCCAGGAAGGACCCCUCAGGGCCCAGAGUGCAGCAGUGCUCCUGCAGUCCAAGCGGGGACCUACAGGGGCCUAGAGUAUAACCCGGGGAAGAUUCUUCCAGGAUCAGACUAUGGGUUGGGAAAUCCUCCAGCCCUUGACCCCAAGCUCCCACAUUUACCCCUGCCCCCGGCCCUACCCACACUCUCAGACUUGGGGCAGCCCCGGAAGUCACCCCUGACAGGCACUGAUAAGAAGUACCCGCUGAUGAAGCAGCGUGGGUUCUACUCCGACAUCCUCAGCCCUGGAACCUUGGAACAACUUGGGGAGGUGUGUUGUGGCCCCCGAAUGAGCCAGAACCUCCUGCGGCAGGCUGACCUCGACAAGUUCACCCCAAGAGUCGGAACCUUCGAGGUUCCUGAGGACUUCCAGGAGCGCAUGGAGCAGCAGUGCAUCGGGUCCACCACCCGGCUGCUCGCCCAGUCUGACUUCCCACUGCAGGCCUACGAGCCCAAGGUGCAGGUGCCUUUCCAGGUGCUGCCAGGCCAGCGUCCUCGCAAGAUUGAGAUCGAGAGGAGGAAACAGCAGUACCUGAGCCUGGACAUUGAGCAGUUGCUGUUCAGCCAGGGCAUCGACUCCAACAAGCUCAUGCCCAGGCACCUGGUCCCCCAGCACCCCCAAACCAUCGAGCAGAGCCAUGACCCACUCUUCCCCAUCUACCUCCCACUGAAGGUAUUUGACGAUGAGGACUUUGACUGCCGGACUCCCAGAGAGUGGAUCAACAUGGGCUUGGAGCCAGGGUCUCUGGACAGGAAACCUGUCCCGGGAAAAGCCCUCCUGCCCACUGAUGACUUCCUGGGGCAUGAGGACCCCAAGAGUCAGAAGCUGAAGUACAAAUGGUGCGAGGUCGGCGUCCUGGACUACGACGAGGAGAAGAAGCUAUACCUGGUACACAAGACAGACGAGAAAGGCCUGGUGCGAGAUGAGAUGGGGAGGCCCAUCCUGAAUGCAGGGGUCACCCCUGAAGGAAGGCCACCCCUUCAGGUCUGUCAGUACUGGGUGCCACGGAUCCAGCUUCUCUUCUGUGCUGAGGACCCUUGCAUGUUCGCACAACGUGUGGUCCAGGCCAAUGCCCUGCGCAAGAACACGGAGGCGCUGCUGCUCUACAACUUGUAUGUGGACUGCAUGCCCUCUGACGGCCAGCGUGUCAUCAGUGAACAGAGCCUGAGCAAGAUCAAGCAGUGGGCCCUGAGCACGCCUCGGAUGCGCAAAGGCCCCUCGGUUCUAGAGCACCUAAGCAGUCUUGCCAGAGAAGUGAGCCUGGACUAUGAGCGCAGCAUGAACAAGAUCAACUUUGACCACAUUGUCUCUUCCAAGCCCGAGACCUUCUCCUACGUGACCCUCCCCAAGAAGGAGGAGGAGCAGGUGCCUGAGCGAGGGCUGGUGAGUGUCCCCAAGUACCACUUCCGGGAGCAGAAGGAGGACUUCACUUUCGUGUCCCUGCUCACACGGCCAGAGGUCAUCACGGCCCUCAGCAAGGUGAGGGCCGAGUGCAACAAGGUGACCGCCAUGUCCCUGUUCCACUCGAGCCUCUCCAAGUACAGCCGCCUGGAGGAGUUUGAGCAGAUCCAGUCACAGACCAUCUCCCAGGUGCAGAUGUUCCUCAAGGACAGCUGGAUCAGCUCGCUAAAGGUGGCCAUGCGCAGCAGCCUGCGCGACAUGAGCAAGGGCUGGUACAAUCUCUACGAGACCAAAUGGGAGGUGUACCUCAUGUCCAAGCUGCGCAAGCUGAUGGAGCUGGUGAAGUACAUGCUGCAGGACACACUGCGCUUCCUGGUGCAGGACUCACUUGCCAUCUUCUCACAGUUCAUCAGUGACACCUGUUGCAGCGUGCUCAACUGCACCGAUGACAUGGUCUGGGGUGACGACUUAAUUAACAGCCCCUACAGGCCCCGGAAGAAUCCCCUGUUCAUCGUGGACCUGGUGCUGGACAGCUCUGGGGUGCACUAUAGCACGCCACUGGAGCAGUUUGAGGCAUCUCUGCUGAACCUCUUCGACAAGGGCAUCCUGGCCACCCAUGCCGUGCCCCAGCUGGAGAAGCUGGUGAUGGAGGACAUCUUCAUUAGCGGUGACCCCCUGCUGGAGUCGGUGGGCCUUCAUGAGCCACUGGUGGAGGAGCUACGGGCCACCAUCGCCAGUGCCGUGUCCAAGGCCAUGAUCCCACUGCAGGCCUAUGCCAAGGAGUACCGAAAAUACCUAGAGCUGAACAACAAUGACAUUGCCUCCUUUCUCAAAGCCUACCAGACGCAGGGCCUGUUGGCCCAGGAGGUACGGGAGGUAGUGCUCACCCACCUGCGGGAGAAGGAGAUCCUGGACAGCUCGCUGCCUAGCAGCAUCAUCAUUGGGCCUUUCUACAUCAACACCGACAACGUCAAGCAGAGCCUGUCCAAGAAACGCAAGGCCCUGGCCACUUCCAUGCUGGACAUCCUUGCCAAGAACCUGCACAAGGAGGUGGAUAGCAUCUGCGAGGAGUUCCGCAGCAUCAGCCGCAAGAUCUACGAGAAGCCUAACAGCAUUGAAGAGCUGGCUGAGCUGCGAGAGUGGAUGAAGGGCAUCCCGGAGAGGCUGGUGGGCCUGGAGGAGCGGAUUGUGAAGGUCAUGGAUGACUACCAGGUCAUGGAUGAAUUCCUCUACAACCUCAGCUCAGAUGACUUCAAUGACAAAUGGAUUGCCAGCAACUGGCCUUCUAAGAUCCUUGGGCAGAUAGAGCUGGUGCAGCAGCAGCAUGUGGAGGAUGAAGAGAAGUUCCGCAAAAUCCAGAUCAUGGAUCAGAACAACUUCCAAGAGAAGCUGGAAGGGCUGCAGCUGGUGGUAGCUGGCUUUUCCAUCCAUGUGGAGAUUUCGCGGGCACAUGAGAUCGCCAACGAGGUGCGGCGUGUCAAGAAGCAGCUGAAGGACUGCCAGCAGCUGGCCAUGCUCUACAACAACCGCGAGCGCAUCUUCAGCUUGCCCAUCACCAAUUAUGACAAGCUCUCCAGGAUGGUGAAGGAGUUCCAACCCUACCUGGACCUUUGGACCACAGCCUCUGACUGGCUGCGCUGGUCAGAGAGCUGGAUGAAUGACCCCCUCUCCGCCAUCGAUGCUGAGCAGCUGGAGAAGAACGUGGUUGAAGCCUUCAAGACCAUGCACAAGUGCGUGAAGCAGUUCAAGGACAUGCCAGCCUGCCAGGAAGUGGCCUUGGACAUCCGGGCCCGCAUCGAGGAGUUCAAACCAUACAUCCCACUGAUCCAGGGGCUGCGCAACCCUGGCAUGCGGAACCGGCACUGGGAGACACUGUCCAACCAGAUCAACAUCAACGUCAGGCCCAAGGCCAACCUGACCUUUGCUCGCUGCCUCGAGAUGAACCUGCAGGACCAUAUCGAGAGCAUCAGCAAGGUGGCCGAGGUGGCUGGCAAGGAGUACGCCAUCGAGCAGGCACUGGACAAGAUGGAGAAGGAGUGGUCGACCAUCCUGUUCAAUGUACUGCCCUACAAGGCAACAGACACCUACAUCCUGAAGAGCCCGGACGAGGCCUCGCAGCUGCUGGACGACCACAUCGUCAUGACCCAGAGCAUGUCAUUUUCACCCUACAAGAAGCCCUUUGAGCAGCGCAUCAACUCCUGGGAGAACAAACUGAAGCUGACCCAGGAGGUUCUGGAGGAGUGGCUGAACUGUCAGCGGUCCUGGCUCUACCUGGAGCCCAUCUUCAGCUCUGAGGACAUUAACCAGCAGCUGCCUGUGGAGAGCAAGCGCUACCAGACCAUGGAGCGGAUCUGGAAGAAGAUCUUGAAGAGUGCCUACGAGAACCGGGAGGUGAUCAACGUGUGUUCCGACCUGAGGAUGCUGGACAGCCUGCGGGACUGCAACAAGAUUCUGGACCUGGUGCAGAAGGGCCUCAGCGAGUAUCUGGAGACCAAGCGGAGCGCCUUCCCCAGAUUCUACUUCCUGUCAGAUGACGAACUACUAGAGAUCUUGUCGCAGACAAAAGACCCCACGGCCGUGCAGCCACACCUGCGCAAGUGCUUCGAGAACAUCGCCCGGCUGCUGUUCCAGGAGGACCUGGAGAUCACGCACAUGUACUCGGCCGAGGGGGAGGAGGUGCAGUUGUCCUUCUCCAUCUACCCCUCCAGCAACGUGGAGGACUGGCUGCGGGAGGUGGAGCGCAGCAUGAAGGCCAGUGUGCACGACAUCAUUGAGAAGGCCAUCAGGGCCUACCCCACGAUGCCCAGGACCCAGUGGGUUCUGAACUGGCCUGGCCAGGUGACCAUCGCUGGGUGCCAGACCUACUGGACCAUGGAGGUGGCAGAGGCUCUGGAGGCCGGCGACCUCAGAAGCCAACUGUUCCCCCAGCUCUGCCAGCAGCUCAGUGAUCUGGUGGCCCUGGUGCAGGGGAAGCUGUCCCGCAUGCAGCGGGCAGUGCUGUCAGCGCUAAUCGUCAUUGAGGUCCACGCCAAGGACGUGGUGAGCAAGCUAAUCCAGGAGAACGUGGUCAGCGUGAAUGACUUCCAGUGGAUCUCACAGCUGAGGUACUACUGGACAAAUAAUGACCUGUAUAUCCGUGCUGUGAAUGCUGAGUUCAUCUAUGGCUACGAGUACCUGGGCAACAGUGGGAGGCUGGUGAUCACGCCCCUCACCGACAGGUGCUACCUGACACUGACUGGAGCUCUGCACCUCAAGUUUGGGGGUGCCCCAGCUGGCCCAGCUGGCACAGGCAAAACUGAGACCACCAAAGACCUGGGUAAGGCCUUGGCCAUACAGACUGUUGUGUUCAACUGCUCUGACCAGCUCGACUUCAUGGCCAUGGGCAAGUUCUUCAAGGGCCUGGCCAGUGCUGGGGCCUGGGCCUGCUUCGACGAGUUCAAUCGCAUCGACAUCGAGGUGCUGUCUGUGGUGGCGCAGCAGAUCACCACCAUCCAGAAGGCGCAGCAGCAGCGGGUGGAACGCUUCAUGUUUGAGGGUGUGGAGAUCCCACUGGUGCCAUCCUGCGCAGUGUUUAUCACCAUGAACCCAGGCUACGCUGGCCGCACAGAGCUGCCUGACAAUCUGAAGGCGCUCUUCCGACCCGUGGCCAUGAUGGUUCCAGAUUACGCCAUGAUCGCUGAGAUCUCCCUCUAUUCCUUUGGCUUUAAUGAGGCCAGUGUGCUGGCUAAGAAGAUCACAACCACCUUCAAGCUGUCUUCUGAGCAGCUCAGCUCCCAGGAUCACUAUGACUUUGGGAUGAGAGCCGUGAAGACUGUGAUCUCAGCUGCUGGGAACCUCAAGCGAGAAAACCCCAGCAUGAAUGAGGAGCUGAUCUGCCUCCGGGCCAUCCGUGACGUGAACGUGCCCAAGUUCCUGCAGGAGGACCUCAAGCUCUUCUCUGGGAUCGUGUCCGACCUGUUUCCCACCAUCAAGGAGGAGGACACGGACUAUGGCAUCCUGGAUGAGGCCAUCCGCGAGGCCUGCAGGAACAGCAACCUCAAGGAUGUGGAGGGCUUCCUGACAAAGUGCAUCCAGCUCUACGAGACCACGGUGGUGCGACACGGCCUCAUGCUCGUCGGGCCCACAGGCUCCGGCAAGAGUACUUGUUACAGAGUCCUGGCAGCUGCCAUGACGUCACUGAAAGGGCAGCCAUCCAUCAGUGGUGGCAUGUACGAGGCUGUCAACUACUACGUGCUCAACCCCAAGUCCAUCACGAUGGGCCAGCUGUACGGGGAGUUUGACCUCCUCACCCAUGAGUGGACAGAUGGGAUUUUCUCCUCGCUCAUCCGGGCGGGGGCCAUCACCUCCAACACCAACAAGAAGUGGUACAUGUUCGAUGGGCCGGUGGACGCCAUCUGGAUUGAGAACAUGAACACGGUGCUGGAUGACAACAAGAAGCUGUGCCUCAGCUCUGGGGAGAUCAUCAAGCUCACGGAGGCAAUGACCAUGAUGUUCGAGGUGCAAGACCUGGCGGUGGCUUCACCAGCUACGGUCUCCCGCUGUGGCAUGGUGUACCUGGAGCCCAGCAUCCUGGGGCUCAUGCCCUUCAUCGAGUGCUGGCUGAGGAAGCUGCCCCCUUUGCUGAAGCCCUACGAGGAGCAUUUCAAGGCCCUCUUUGUCAGCUUCCUGGAGGAAUCCAUCUCCUUCGUUCGGUCCUCAGUGAAGGAGGUGAUCGCCUCAACCAACUGCAACCUGACCAUGAGCCUCCUCAAGCUGCUGGACUGCUUCUUCAAGCCCUUUCUGCCUAGAGAGGGCCUCAAGAAAAUACCCUCUGAAAAGCUGAGUCGCAUCGUAGAGUUGAUCGAGCCGUGGUUCAUCUUCUCCCUGAUCUGGAGCGUGGGUGCCACUGGGGACAGCAGUGGCCGCACCAGCUUCAGCCACUGGCUAAGGCUCAAGAUGGAGAAUGAACAGCUGACUCUGCUUUUCCCAGAAGAGGGGCUGGUGUUCGAUUACAGGCUGGAGGACGCGGGCAUCAGUGGUACCAACGACAAUGAGGAUGAAGAGGAGGAAUACAAGCAGGUUGCCUGGGUGAAGUGGAUGGACUCCUCAGCUCCAUUCACCAUGGUACCAGACACCAACUACUGCAACAUCAUUGUGCCCACCAUGGACACCGUGCAGAUGUCCCAUUUACUGGACAUGCUGCUCACCAACAAGAAGCCCGUGCUGUGCAUUGGGCCAACAGGCACGGGGAAGACGCUCACCAUCUCUGACAAGCUCCUCAAGAACCUGGCACUGGAUUACGUCAGCCACUUCCUCACCUUCUCAGCCCGCACUUCAGCCAACCAGACCCAGGACCUCAUUGACAGCAAGCUGGACAAGAGGCGGAAGGGUGUGUUUGGACCACCUCUGGGGCGCAACUUUAUCUUCUUCAUCGAUGACCUGAACAUGCCAGCCCUGGAGACCUACGGCGCACAGCCACCCAUCGAGCUGUUGCGCCAGUGGAUGGACCACGGCGGCUGGUACGACCGCAAGAUCAUUGGCGCCUUCAAGAACCUAGUGGACAUCAACUUUGUCUGUGCCAUGGGCCCCCCGGGUGGAGGCAGGAACACCGUCACCCCGCGGCUGAUGCGUCACUUCAACUACCUGUCUUUCACUGAGAUGGACGAGGUCAGCAAGAAACGCAUCUUCUCCACCAUCCUGGGCAACUGGAUGGAUGGACUCCUUGGAGAAAAAAGCUACCGGGAGCCUGUGCCUGGGGCCCCCCACAUUGCCCACUUCAUGGAGCCCCUUGUGGAAGCCACCAUCAUGGUGUAUGCAACCAUCACCUCCCAGCUGCUGCCCACUCCAGCCAAGUCCCACUACACCUUCAACCUGAGGGACCUCUCCAAGGUCUUCCAAGGCAUGCUCAUGGCUGACCCGGCCAAGGUCGAGGACCAAGUGCAGCUGCUGCGACUGUGGUAUCAUGAGAACUGCCGCGUGUUCCGGGACCGACUGGUGAAUGAGGAGGACCGCAGCUGGUUCGACCAACUCCUCAAGCGCUGCAUGGAGCAGUGGGAGGUGACCUUCAACAAGGUCUGCCCCUUCCAGCCCAUUCUUUACGGGGACUUCAUGUCACCAGGCUCCGAUGUCAAGUCCUAUGAGCUCAUCACCAGUGAGAGUAAGAUGAUGCAGGUGAUCGAGGAGUACAUAGAGGACUACAACCAGAUCAACACGGCCAAGCUGAAGCUGGUCCUCUUCAUGGACGCCAUGAGCCACAUCUGCCGCAUCAGCCGCACCCUACGCCAGGCACUGGGCAAUGCACUCCUGCUUGGCGUGGGUGGCAGCGGCCGCAGCUCCCUCACACGGCUUGCCUCGCACAUGGCCGAGUACGAGUGCUUCCAGAUUGAACUAUCCAAGAACUAUGGCAUGUCCGAGUGGCGAGAUGAUGUGAAGAAGGUCCUGCUCAAGGCAGGCCUGCAGAACCUACCCAUCACCUUCCUCUUCUCAGACACCCAGAUCAAGAACGAAUCCUUCCUGGAAGAUAUCAACAACAUCCUAAACUCUGGUGACAUUCCCAACCUCUAUACUGCGGAUGAGCAGGACCAGAUCAUCAGCACCAUGCGGCCCUAUAUCCAGGAGCAGCGCCUGCAGCCCACCAAGGCCAACCUCAUGGCUGCUUACACCGGGCGUGUGCGCAGCAACAUCCACAUGGUGCUGUGCAUGAGCCCCAUCGGAGAGGUCUUCCGAGCUCGUCUGAGGCAGUUUCCCUCCCUGGUCAACUGCUGUACCAUCGACUGGUUUAACGAGUGGCCGGCAGAAGCCCUGAAGUCUGUGGCCACCAUGUUCCUCAAUGAGAUCCCAGAACUGGAAUCCUCCCAGGAAGAAAUCCAAGGACUGAUCCAGGUCUGUGUGUACAUCCACCAGUCGGUGUCCAAGAAGUGCAUCGAGUACCUGGCAGAGCUGACCCGCCACAACUAUGUGACCCCCAAGAGCUACUUGGAGCUGCUUCAUAUUUUCUCCAUCCUCAUCGGGCAGAAGAAACUGGAGCUGAAAACUGCCAAGAACCGCAUGAAGAGCGGCCUCGACAAGCUGCUGCGCACUUCUGAGGACGUCGCCAAGAUGCAGGAGGACCUGGAGAGUAUGCACCCCCUGCUGGAGGAGGCUGCCAAGGACACCAUGCUCACCAUGGAGCAGAUCAAGGUGGAUACGGCCAUCGCCGAGGAGACCCGGAAUUCAGUGCAGACGGAGGAGAUCAAAGCCAAUGAGAAGGCCAAGAAGGCACAAGCUAUUGCUGACGAUGCCCAGAAGGACCUGGACGAGGCGUUGCCAGCCCUGGAUGCGGCUCUGGCCAGCCUGCGCAACCUCAACAAGAACGACGUGACCGAGGUACGUGCCAUGCAGCGGCCACCCCCAGGUGUGAAGCUGGUCAUAGAAGCUGUGUGCAUCAUGAAAGGCAUCAAGCCCAAGAAGGUGCCUGGAGAAAAGCCAGGCACCAAGGUGGAUGACUACUGGGAGCCUGGCAAGGGGCUGCUGCAGGACCCGGGCCGCUUCCUCGAGAGCCUCUUCAAGUUUGACAAGGACAACAUUGGGGACGUGGUGAUCAAAGCCAUCCAGCCGUACAUCGAUAAUGAAGAGUUCCAGCCAGCUGCCAUUGCCAAGGUGUCCAAGGCUUGCACCUCCAUCUGCCAGUGGGUGCGCGCCAUGCACAAGUACCACUUCGUGGCCAAGGCCGUGGAGCCCAAGCGGCAAGCCCUGCGGGAGGCCCAGGACGACCUGGGGGUGACACAGCGGAUCCUGGAUGAGGCAAAACAGCGCCUUCGUGAGGUGGAGGAUGGCAUUGCCACAAUGCAGGCUAAGUACCGGGAAUGCAUUACCAAGAAGGAGGAGCUGGAGCUGAAGUGUGAGCAGUGUGAGCAGAGGCUGGGCCGCGCUGGCAAGCUCAUCAAUGGGUUGUCGGAUGAGAAGGUGCGCUGGCAGGAGACGGUGGAGAACCUGCAGUACAUGCUCAACAACAUCUCUGGCGAUGUCCUGGUGGCCGCUGGCUUUGUGGCCUACCUGGGCCCCUUCACGGGCCAGUACCGCACAGUGCUCUACGACAGCUGGGUCAAGCAGCUCAGGAGCCACAAUGUCCCACACACCUCCGAGCCCACGCUAAUCGAGACGCUGGGGAACCCUGUGAAGAUCCGCUCGUGGCAGAUCGCUGGCCUCCCCAACGACACACUGUCAGUGGAGAACGGGGUCAUCAACCAGUUUUCCCAGCGCUGGACCCACUUCAUUGACCCUCAGAGCCAGGCCAACAAAUGGAUCAAGAACAUGGAGAAGGACAAUGGGCUGGAUGUGUUCAAGUUGAGUGACCGCGACUUCCUGCGCAGCAUGGAGAACGCCAUCCGCUUUGGCAAGCCAUGUCUCCUGGAGAACGUGGGUGAGGAGCUAGACCCAGCCCUGGAGCCCGUGCUGCUCAAGCAGACAUACAAGCAGCAGGGAAACACGGUGCUGAAGCUGGGGGACACGGUGAUCCCCUACCAUGAGGACUUCAGGAUGUACAUCACCACCAAGCUGCCCAACCCACACUACACGCCCGAGAUCUCCACCAAACUCACCCUCAUCAACUUCACCCUGUCGCCCAGUGGCCUAGAGGACCAGCUACUGGGCCAGGUAGUGGCAGAGGAGCGACCCGACCUGGAGGAGGCCAAGAACCAGCUGAUUAUCAGUAAUGCCAAGAUGCGCCAGGAGCUGAAGGACAUUGAGGACCAGAUCCUGUACCGGCUCAGCUCCUCCGAGGGCAACCCUGUAGAUGACAUGGAACUCAUCAAGGUGCUGGAAGCCUCCAAGAUGAAGGCUGCUGAGAUCCAGGCCAAAGUCAGGAUUGCAGAGCAGACGGAGAAGGACAUCGACCUGACGCGCAUGGAGUACAUACCCGUGGCCGUCCGCACCCAGAUCCUCUUCUUCUGUGUGUCCGACCUGGCCAACGUGGACCCCAUGUACCAGUACUCCCUCGAGUGGUUUCUCAACAUCUUCCUCUCGGGCAUCGCCAACUCAGAGAGAGCAGACAACCUGAAGAAGCGCAUCUCCAACAUCAACCGCUACCUGACCUACAGCCUCUACAGCAACGUCUGCCGCAGCCUCUUUGAGAAGCACAAGCUGAUGUUUGCCUUCCUGCUGUGUGUUCGCAUCAUGAUGAACGAGGGCAAAAUCAACCAGAGUGAGUGGCGCUACCUCCUGUCUGGGGGCUCCAUCCAGAUCAUGACUGAGAAUCCGGCACCGGACUGGCUGUCAGACCGGGCCUGGCGAGACAUCCUAGCACUCUCGAACCUGCCAACAUUUUCCUCCUUCUCUUCCGACUUCGUGAAGCACCUCUCAGAAUUCCGGGUCAUCUUCGACAGCCUUGAGCCCCACCGGGAGCCUUUGCCUGGCAUCUGGGACCAGUACCUAGACCAGUUCCAGAAGCUGCUAGUCCUCCGCUGCCUGCGUGGGGACAAGGUUACCAAUGCCAUGCAGGACUUUGUGGCCACCAACCUGGAGCCACGCUUCAUUGAGCCCCAGACAGCCAACCUGUCCGUGGUGUUCAAAGACUCCAACUCCACCACGCCCCUCAUCUUUGUGCUGUCACCUGGCACAGACCCUGCUGCCGACCUCUACAAGUUUGCGGAAGAAAUGAAGUUCUCCAAAAAGCUCUCUGCCAUCUCCCUGGGCCAGGGGCAGGGCCCUCGGGCAGAAGCCAUGAUGCGCAGCUCCAUAGAGAGGGGCAAAUGGGUCUUCUUCCAGAACUGCCACCUGGCACCAAGCUGGAUGCCAGCCCUAGAACGCCUCAUCGAGCACAUCAACCCCGACAAGGUACACAGGGACUUCCGCCUCUGGCUCACCAGCCUGCCCAGCAACAAGUUCCCAGUGUCCAUCCUGCAGAACGGCUCCAAGAUGACCAUUGAGCCGCCACGCGGUGUCAAGGCCAACCUGCUGAAGUCCUACAGUAGCCUUGGUGAAGACUUCCUCAACUCCUGCCACAAGGUGAUGGAGUUCAAGUCUCUGCUGCUGUCUCUGUGCUUGUUCCAUGGGAACGCCCUGGAGCGCCGUAAGUUUGGGCCCCUGGGCUUCAACAUCCCCUAUGAGUUCACGGACGGAGAUCUGCGCAUCUGCAUCAGCCAGCUCAAGAUGUUCCUGGACGAAUAUGAUGACAUCCCCUACAAGGUCCUCAAGUACACGGCAGGGGAGAUCAAUUACGGGGGCCGUGUCACUGAUGACUGGGACCGGCGCUGCAUCAUGAACAUCCUGGAGGACUUCUACAACCCUGACGUGCUCUCCCCUGAGCACAGCUACAGCGCCUCGGGCAUCUACCACCAGAUCCCGCCCACCUACGACCUCCAUGGCUACCUCUCCUACAUCAAGAGCCUCCCACUCAAUGACAUGCCUGAGAUCUUUGGCCUGCAUGACAAUGCCAACAUCACCUUUGCCCAGAAUGAGACGUUCGCCCUCCUGGGCACCAUCAUCCAGCUGCAACCCAAAUCAUCUUCUGCAGGCAGCCAGGGCCAGGAGGAGAUAGUGGAGGACAUCACCCAAAACAUUCUGCUCAAGGUGCCUGAGCCUAUCGACUUGCAAUGGGUGAUGGCCAAGUACCCAGUGCUGUAUGAGGAAUCAAUGAACACAGUGCUAGUACAAGAGGUCAUUAGGUACAAUCGGCUGCUGCAGGUGAUCACAGAGACACUGCAAGACCUGCUCAAGGCACUCAAGGGGCUGGUGGUGAUGUCCUCUCAGCUGGAGCUGAUGGCUGCCAGCCUGUACAACAAUACUGUGCCUGAGCUCUGGAGUGCCAAGGCCUACCCAUCGCUCAAGCCUCUGUCCUCAUGGGUCAUGGACCUGCUGCAACGCCUGGACUUUCUGCAGGCCUGGAUCCAAGAUGGCAUCCCAGCUGUCUUCUGGAUCAGUGGCUUCUUCUUCCCCCAGGCUUUCUUAACAGGCACUCUGCAGAAUUUUGCCCGCAAAUUCGUCAUCUCCAUUGACACCAUCUCCUUCAAUUUCAAGGUGAUGUUUGAGGCACCAUCAGAGUUAACACAAAGACCCCAAGUAGGGUGCUAUAUCCAUGGAUUAUUCCUGGAAGGUGCCCGCUGGGACCCAGAGACCUUCCAGCUGGCUGAGUCUCAGCCCAAGGAGCUGUACACAGAGAUGGCCGUUAUCUGGCUCUUGCCAACACCCAACCGCAAGGCCCAGGACCAGGACUUUUACCUGUGCCCCAUCUACAAGACACUGACUCGUGCUGGAACACUAUCAACCACAGGACACUCUACCAACUAUGUCAUUGCUGUGGAGAUCCCCACCCAUCAGCCCCAGCGACACUGGAUAAAGCGUGGUGUGGCCCUCAUCUGUGCCCUGGACUACUAGACUCAGACAGAAGGGCUGGGGCCAUUAAAGCUGAAUUUUCUAAGCAGUCC